AUGUCUGACCCGUCGGACCACGUCGUUUCCACGCCAGGAUUCAAGAUGGACCUGCCCAAGUUCUCUGGCUCGCCCGGCACCUUUCAUGCGUGGAGCAUUCGCAUGAAGAUGGCGCUCAAGCUCCGCGGCGACGACAGAGGAAGGAAUGUUUGCAAACGGAAAAACCACAAAGCAGGUGUUGCUGCAAACCUCAUCGCGUCCACGCUCUCAGGCUACCCCCUUCUCCUCUUCACCAACGGAGAAGCAGACGUCAACGCCGGCCAAGGAUGGGCCCGGCUCAAGGACCACUACGCUUCGCAGGACCGCCUCCGCAUCGCAGAGCUCAAGGAGGCGCAGCUUCACGUCCCCUGCGGCAACCUCGCCCGCUUCUUCGAGCGACACAUGGAGCUGCAGCAGCAGUUGCAAGGCGCAGGCGUGCGCCAGGACAACGAGGACCUCUUCACCAUCGUCUGGAAGCAGCUGCCACGCUGGACAGCCCCGCUCACGCUUCCCUACUUUGCCAGUGGCCGCUUUCCCUCCCUCCUCGAGCUCAGCAUCAGGCUGCAGCAGCUGGAGCAGCAGAUGCGUGCAGAGUGUCGCAAGAAGCAACGCGACAACGGAGCAACAGGCUUCACUGCACAGGCACAGCAUCAACAUGGUCAAGACGCAGCAACCUUCGUCGCUGCCACAGCUACUACACCCACGCAGCUGCAUGACCCACUCACGUGGCUUGCAGACACGGGUGCUUCACACCACCUCACCUUCGUCAAGGACGCCUUCGUGGAGCUGUCACCGCACCUGCAACAGCACCAUCCACGCCACAUCACUGCGUUUGGCGGCACACGUGUGCCCGUGCGCGGUGUUGGCUCUGUGCUGUUGCAUGCACGCACGACGAGCGGAGCCACGAUGCAGAUUGUGUUGCAGGAGUGCCUCUACGUGCCCGAGGGCCACGCCAACCUCAUCGCCCUCGGUCGUCUGACAAGGGACAGCAGCGGCAGGCCAACGGGCCACUCGCAGCGUGAUGGCGCCGAUGGGCACUACGUGCGCUUCAGCCACGGAGCCGAGGUCAAGCUGAAGGAGCGCAACAGCCUCCGAUGCUGGCCCAUUGUUGCUGUUGGUCCAUCCACGGCACACGGACUCACCGCCGAUGCCUGCAAGCAACCACAGCAACCCGCAGCAGCUCCUGCAGCCCAGAGCAAGGCACACACACCAUCGAUGCAUGAGGUACUUGGCCACCGCAACGACAACGACGUGCAGCAGUACUGCAAGCUGAUGGGCAUCGACGAUCGCAACGCCAUCAGCAGCAAGCAGUGUACAACGUGCGCAGUGACCAAGAGCACUCGUCACAGCGUCAGCAAGCACGCGGAGCGCACACAGGUGCCCGGCGAGCGCAUCCACGCCGACAUCGUCGACUGGACCGCGGACUCACCCACGGGCAAGCGCUACAGCCUCGUCAUCGUCGAUGAGGGCAGCAAGCUCCUGCAUGCAGUCCAUCUCAAUGCCAAGAAGGACGCAGUUGCCGCGUUCCAGUCGUUCCUGCGCGAGACAAGCUCCCCAUCUCGCCCACAACAACAGCACUCCAGACGGAUUCCGAUGCCAUCUUCCCUCGGAGCUGACUUCCAGGCCAUCGUCAAGAGCACCUGA